GUCUCGGCUCGCGCGGUCCGGAAGAGCUCCUGCGUACCGCUCAGUCGGACGGCUGGCGCUACUUCUGAGGAGCCAGACGCGGCACGGUCGUUUUUAUACCUUCCCGCGCGGAAGCAACGGAAGGGCGGGGCGCUUCGUGAUUAGGUAGAGAAGGUCUCGGGCUCUGCUGUCAUGAAGGUGAAAAUUAAGUGUUGGAAUGGUGUGGCUACUUGGCUUUGGGUAGCCAAUGAUGAGAACUGCGGCAUCUGCAGGAUGGCGUUUAAUGGCUGCUGUCCAGACUGUAAGGUGCCUGGUGAUGACUGUCCCCUCGUGUGGGGUCAGUGCUCGCACUGUUUCCAUAUGCACUGCAUCCUCAAGUGGCUGAACGCGCAACAGGUGCAGCAGCACUGCCCCAUGUGUCGCCAGGAGUGGAAGUUCAAAGAGUGAGGCCUGUGCUCAGCCCCGCCCUCCCCUCCCCUCCCGAGUCCCUUCCACACAGCACAGUGGUGCCCUGGGACCUCGUUCUGUGCUGGGGACAGGAUGCUUUCCGUUUGGCUGACACA